CAACUUUCAGCUUGUAUAUGAAGAAAGAGGAAGCUCCCAAUCUGAAUGCCACCAUCUCCUGUGCCUUGCUCUGAUGGUGGCAAAAGCUACACGCACUGAAAACAGUGGCAACGCACACGCACACAUCACUUUGGCAGACCUCGUCUCAUUCUUGUCUGGUUCUCUCCUCUCUUGUUCUCCUCGUCCUCUUUUCUGCCAUUGUGCUCUCUUCAUUCUUCCCCUGUUCUCCUCCAUACGCCAACGAACUGCGCUGCCUGAUCACUCCAUCACCCUUAGCUUCGACCAUGCCCGACCUCACUCUCUUCUGUCUCACCGACGGAGAACCCAUAUCGAACGCAUUUCCAGUCUCGAUACCAUCUAUGGACGCUAUCGGUAACCUCAAGGAUCUCAUCAAGGCCAAGAAAACGCCAAAAUUUGACGACCUCGCUGCAGAUGAGCUUACGCUCUGGCGUGUCUCGGUUCCUGUCGUCGCUACCAACAUCCGCAAUGCGGUUUUCCUGAACGAGAUUAAUUCCAAGACGGAACUCAGUCCAAUGGAUGAUGUCUCUGGUGUCUUUCCAAAUACGCUAGCCAAGAAAACAAUUCACAUCAUUGUGCAGCGACCUUCGCGAGCCCAACCGCCUCCUGUCAGCGAUUACAUUUCUCAGAAGAGGCCAACUGCUGAAGAACUGGAUUUGCCGAGCAACAAAAAAAUUCGUAUAACCGAACGCUGGAAACAAUAUACGGCCUCUGAUGGAAAGGCUGUCGACCUACCUUCUUCGUGGAUCGAAAUUCUCAUGCUGGAGCUUUGGGAAGAUAUGCGAGGCGACAAAGACAGAACGUACAGACGAGUCCUAUCCGGGCCGAUGGGCGUUGGCAAGUCUUAUCUGUCCUAUUUCCUUGCGGCAAGGGCGUAUGCGGAAGGAUGGCUCGUCCUCUACAUUCCGGAUGCGGGGCUAUUGCACACGGAAACGGAGGAGGAGUCAAAGCUGGAGCUGGUCAGGCGAUUCCUGGCACUCAACAAAGACAUUUUGACCGGCAACGAAUUGGAGAUGCUUGUAAACGAGUACAACGGCAAAUACCACGUUUCAACGCACGCUGUCUGGGCGAUCUUCCGAGAUUUGCUCAUGUCGUGGGAUCGGAAGACGCUGCUGCUUGUUGACGAGCAUGGAAAAUUGUUCGAAAAAGAGCCUUACGUGCCGGUAAAGCUCAAGUCGCUGAAUCAUCUGUUGCCGUACCGCUGGUGGGGAGAAGACGCCAAGGGGUCCCGGGUGAUUUUCACAGGCACCGCGCACGCCAAAUACGAAAUGACUAUCCUGGACGAGAGCUAUAGGCGGGCGUCAGUGGUUUUUGUAGGCCCCUUAUCAAAGAAUGUAUUCUCCAACCUGCUGGACACGUACCCUCGCCUGAGAGCACCAGCCAUCAGAAGAAAAGUGACAGAAAUCACGAACUGUGUGCCACGGGAGCUGGUGUAUCUGUCAGCCAACGUCAAGGAUCUCCCAGAUCCGAUCUCCGUGGACGACCUUCAAAAAUGGACGGAAAGCCGAACCAAAGAUUUCCUAUCGACUGCAAAGAUGUACUACGUCAGUCGCGGUCCCUUUAAGAAGGAACGAUUCUACACAGUCCUUCUACAAACGUUUCUGGGCAGCACAAGCAUAGUCGAUUUCGAAUGGGACUUCUUGGAUCUAGGACUCAUUUAUCGGAGCAAGGAUGUUGGCAAGAUCGGGACUCAACACCACAUUUUAUGCAGCCCCGCCCAGCAAGCUCUUCUAGAGCUGUUCAAGACGCUUCCACUACCUGAGGAUACCAAGGAACGAAUUUGUCACGGCAGCCUCACUCAUAUGUACCACCAAACCAAUCGUGCUCAAUGCGACAGAUCUCAACGGCAGGAACCCGACUAUCAUUUCACUGGAUUUUCCCACUGUGCUACCCUCCAAAUCGGCAGGACUUCUCUUGGAUCCGGUCACGAAAACGUUCUGACCCGCGGCUACGAAGGAUAUCCUCGGUUUGACUUCAUGCUUGGACCGCUGUUCAUUCAGGCAUCCAUCAGCGACUUUGGACAACACAAUAAGAAGGACUCGGCAGACAUCCGCAAGGCUUUCAACGACAGGGAUAACGAGGGAACGAAUCAGAUUGAGCGUUACCUAAAUGAUGUGUUUGGUUCCGGUCACUCCGCGAAGAUAGAGGACAACAGGUUUGUUGUCACCAGGGACGGUGCGCCUGUGCCUGGAUUUCGCAUAGUCUACAUCCGUGGCUCUCCCGGCAUACCUGCGCACCGCGAGUUGGUUAACAAGCUCCCUGAUCUUCUACAUAUCACCUUUGAGGAACUCACGGAGAAACUUUUCAAGAAUAUAGCUAUAUAG